AUGGAUGGUUUGCAAGGAUCCAGUACGAACGUUAACCGGAAACGGAGGAGCAAUUUCCUGACGCUGGUGGAGAAGGUUCGCAUAAUUGAAGAUUUUGAAGCAGGAGGUGGUACGCAUGACUUUCUUGGGAAGAAGUACGGCGUAGGAUCUUCUACGGUCACGAGAAUAAUCCAAAAGAAAGAAGCAAUUCGUGAGGCGGUGGACAAGUUCAAGGAAUAUGGUGUAAAUAAUCGAAAAACAUUGAAAGAGCAGACGUUCCCUUUGCUGGAAGAAGCUAUUUACAUCUGGAUUUUACAGCAGCGGCAGUCCAACAUUUUGUUGACAGUGGAUAUUCUUAAAGCAAAGGCGGAGCUGCUGUUUAAGAUGUUCCAGGACCGGGGGCUCUAUGCGGUGCACGGUUUUUCUGCUUCGGAUGGCUGGAUGCAUCGUUUUAAGCAGCGGUUUGGAUUGCGCGUGAAAGCCGUAACAGGAGAAAAGGCAUCGGUAAACGUUGAAGCGUACCUAAAUUUCAAGAAGGUUCUACAGAAGAAGAUUCAGGAAAUGCAGCUAUCACUAUCCCAAGUCUUUAAUGCAGAUGAAUCUGCCUUGUUCAUCAAGCUCCUAGCCACACGCUCUGUUGUUACCUGUGAUGAGACCGUGGCAAGCGGACGGAAGCAAAACAAGACAAGGUAUACGUUUAUGCCUUGCACCAACAUAGAUGGUUCCCUAAAGCUUCCGUUGUAUUUCAUUUACACUGCUGCAAAACCACGAGGAAUCAACAUCGAAGAACUUCCCGUUUCAUAUAAUCAUUCCAAAAAGGCUUGGAUGACCAGACUGUUGUUCCGUCAAUGGUUCCACGAAGAGUUUGUCCCCGCUGUUCGAAAAUUUUCGGCCGAGAGAGGAUUGGAGCCAAAGGCAUUGCUGGUUCUUGAUAAUUGCACCAGUCAUUAUGACGUUGACGAAUCUCUACAGAGUGACGAUGGACUGAUUCAAGUGAUCUACUUCCCACCAAAUGUAACUGCUGAAUGCCAGCCGAUGGACCAAGCGGUCAUCAAUGCAAUCAAGCGAAAGUAUAAAAGAAAACUGAUGCUCGCAUUAAUUCUGAAAAACGAACACUUAAGUUUCGAAGAACGAUUGAAGAAGAUUAAUCUUCAACAGUGUAUUUCGUGGUUGGCAACCUCUUGGGAGGAGAUAUCUGACAAAACUAUACGUAAUUCGUGGAAGAAAUUGAUCGAUGGUUUGCCGGAGGAUGCUGUUAAUGUAGACUCGAAAGCGGCCGAUGAUGACUUCAAAGCGCUUGUGUCCAGGAUUGACAGUUUGGCAGGAACAAAAACAUCUGAGCAAGAUAUUGAUCUGUGGAUCAAAGAUCAGGUGUAUGAUGCUGAUCAUAAUCCAGAUUGGGUAACCAGUGAAGUGUUCUCUGAUGACGAGAUUUUGUCAUCAGUUCUCAAGAAAGAUCAACCUGAAAUGCAAGAAGAAUGGUUGGUAGACACAGAAGAUGGAAGUAAUUCGUUUGAUACUUCCAUUACUAGUACCGGAGAUCCUGAUUUUGGUGAUGCAAUCAAGUCAAUUGAUUGCCUAGUUCGCUAUAUGAAGCAUGAUGUUGCAGAAGUAUGCCGUUUGAACGCGCUACGUUCGAAAAUCACUGAAGUUGAAUGGCUAAAACGAGCAUGUUGA